GUUUUAGUUACAUUAAAGGCGUCCUUUCCUUAGCAACAUGUCCGAUUUCCGGUAGUUCUUUGAAAUGUGAAAUGUAAAAUUAGCCGUAUAAACAUAUAAUGUUUACAAAUUUACUUAGUAUAUAAAGGAUAUAGUAAUAGUGAUUUAAUUAACCGAAUAUUAUAAGGGUUCACUAUGAGUCAGUCAGAUUGCCAGUCUAGAACUAGUCCAGAGAGACUCGGAAGUGCAGCGAGUUCGCUUGGAAUUGUUCCAUUUGGAUUCCAUUCUAAAACGCAAUAUGACGCAAACGAAACACUUAUUCAAAUACGGAGUGAAAACUAUGAACCAAAAGAACCUAUUAAAGACAAUAAUAUAUGGAAACGGCCACCUCCGGAUUUUAGACCUCAAAUAUUUGCCCCUAAACCUCCAAAACGUAAUUCUCGUGAUUCUAUGCAACCUUGGAACUAUGGAACAAUACCAGGACAAAGGGAGAUAAUAAAACGUGACCGACAAAAAGUAAUCCCCCACAUUCUACUUCCAAUAAAGGAUGACAUAACACGAUUUGUGACAACGGGGAGGAUAAUGAGACCAUUUACAGCAAAGAAAAGGUUUGUGACAGAGGGAAUGUACAAUCCGGGACCGUUUGCAGAUAUAAGAGAACACGACUUCAGAGGGUAUCCACCUCUGAAGAAACUUGGACUGUCAGAAUUUUUGUCGAAAUAUGACAGGGAUCCAUACAACUUGAAAUUCCAUUCAGAAAGACUGGAUAUAAUUCACGGGGCACGCUUUGACAAAGCAACGGACAGAGAUAUUAAAGGUCAACAGAUGGCUCCGCCUAAAACACCACAGCCUCCUUUUGAUUCUCAACUUAUCCUGGAUAGAGAAAAAUGGCCAAUGAAACCUGGUGAAUUUACACGUUUUCGAUUACGUCAUAGACCUGCUAAAAGUGCUUUCAUGGAAAGAGUAUCUAACACACUGGAGUCUAGAUGGGCUAAAGAGAAAAUGGAAGAAACUCUGGCUUCUGUAUCAAGCUGAUAAAGGAUAUUCCUAGUGGUCAUUGAUUUAUUUGUAUGGUUGGGAAUUAUGAUGAAUCGAAAGACAAUGCUCCCAUAUAUUGUACCCUGCAAACGAACGCAGACACGAAACAUUUCGAUCGACUUCGGGGUUAGCUUUUUUAUUAAUGAAUCUCACUCGGCUUUAUUCACAUAACUCGAAGCAGUUUGUUAUAAUCAGCUUUUUGCAAACGCAUGACAUGGUAUAUGAUUUUUGAAAUAUCAAUUAUAUAUGAAAAUAUGAUAAUUGGAAUGAGACUACCAUUGUGUCCUUUUAUCUAGUUACUGUGCACUUUCGUUUUUUUUCUUUUUGUAUUUUUAAAAUGUAAAGUUACAUUUGUACGUAGUUUAUCUCCGUACAUCUACUACUUCAAUUAUUGAUACUAUUGUUUGAAUACAUAAGUAAACAAAAAUACAUAAAAUACAUAAUCUUUGUGAAUGGUUGAUUGAAUAAUAUGUAACAAAACAUUAACGACUAUCAAGUUAAGUCAAUGAACAUUAUGUUAAACUUUUUAUGAAAUUUCUUUUAUAAUCAGCACUUUGUUUAGUUAUAUUUCGACGUUUUUGUUUAGUAUUAUAGUAUCAAAUGAAACGCUUGCUCAUAAAUAUAAUUAAUAUACUCAGUGCCAAUAUUUGUAUUUCAGUAACGUUGUGAUGUGGUUGUCUUUAGGGUAAAAAUGUUUUCUUGUUUGUUUUGUAUAUCUAUUUAUUGUUUGUAUAUGUUAAAUCUGUUUAUUUCAAUAUUAAAAUCUUUGUUUAUGUUUUUA